AUGGCAGGUAUUGCAUCUGGAAUUUGCAGCCUUGCUGUCGGCGGCGAUGCACAACGCAAACCAACACAAGCACAACAGUGUUGUUCCAACGGUAACACUCUUGCUCCUUCUACUCCUGCUCCUACGCCUUCACCUUCGCCUGUGCAGCAGUUAUAUGAAGAGUUUGCCUAUUCAAAUACCGGAAAACAAAACAUCAAAGGUCUUACUAAUCAAACUGGCUAUGUUAAGGGUAAUGCUAAUGGAGUCAUCAACUUUGGUUCCUUGUUAGCCUCUGCUAAUGCUCAAAGGCAAGCAUGA